AUGUAUUUUAUCCUACAAAAUGAUAAAAUUUAUAGAUCAUAUUCAAUACCACAAGGUCAAUUUGAACAAAUUUUUCAAGCUGAUGGAGACAUUGAAGCUUUAUGUUAUGGAUCAAAUGUUUAUGUUCUCGUUUCAGGUGGAAUGGUCUAUUCAUAUCCUGUAAGUUAUAACAGACAUAUUUAUUUAUCACAGGAUUUAUCAAAUUGGGAAUUGGUUUAUUCAUUCACUCCAAAAUUUACUCGAAAUUAUAGAUUUACUAAUUUAUUUUAUAUUGAUGGGUAUUUCAUUGCUUUAGGAUGUGGUGAUUUAGUAAAUAUCAGUAGUGAUGGAAGAAACUGGUCUGAAAUCACAAAAUUUCAAGAUGUACGAAAAGCUAUUUUCAAAAAUAAUACGUUAAUAUUGAUAACAAGACCAGUUUUAAAUACUCACCCGGUUUCAAUAUUAUAUAAUAAAUUCAAUAUUCAUAAUGGAUUAAAUACAAUUCUUGAGAUGAUUUACCCCAUUGGUUCAAUAUAUACAUCAAUGAAUUCAACAAAUCCAGCCGAUGUAUUCGGUUUCGGUACAUGGCAACAAAUAACCGAUCGUUUCCUCUAUUGUGCUAAUAGUUCAAAGCAAACGGGUGGUUCAAAGAAAAUUAAAGAAGCAAACCUUCCACCGCAUAAGCAUACAGGAACUACAAACUUUUCUGGCGACCAUAGACACUCAUUAAGAGACCACCCAUUAUACAACUCAGACUAUGAAGCCGGUUAUGAUGUUUUAUCUCCAGCUUAUAACGAUUCAACAAAAAAGACUUUUCGACAAACUGAACCAGGAGGAAAUCAUGUCCAUACUUUCACAACAAAUCCAACGG